UUGCCCGGUGGCCGUAGCAGACGGAAGCCGAGCGAGAACUCCGGCGGCCGCAGGAUGGGAGACUCCAAAGUGAAAGUCGCGGUGCGGAUCCGGCCCAUGAACCGACGAGAAAUUGACUUGCAUACCAAAUGUGUGGUGGAUGUGGAUGCAAACAAGGUUAUUCUUAAUCCCAUAAAUACUAAUCUUUCCAAAGGAGAUGCCCGGGGCCAGCCAAAGGUAUUUGCCUAUGAUCAUUGUUUUUGGUCUAUGGAUGAGUCGGUCAAGGAAAAGUACGCAGGUCAAGAUGAUGUUUUCAAGUGCCUUGGGGAGAAUAUCCUUCAGAAUGCUUUCGAUGGAUACAAUGCGUGCAUCUUUGCCUAUGGACAGACUGGGUCUGGAAAGUCUUACACCAUGAUGGGCACAGCAGACCAACCCGGACUAAUCCCAAGACUUUGCAGUGGACUCUUUGAACGAACUCAGAAAGAAGAAAAUGAGGAGCAGAGUUUUAAAGUAGAGGUGUCCUACAUGGAGAUUUACAAUGAAAAAGUCCGAGACCUCCUUGACCCCAAAGGAAGCCGCCAGACGUUGAAAGUCAGGGAACAUAGUGUGUUGGGGCCCUAUGUUGAUGGACUUUCCAAACUGGCUGUCACAAGCUACAAGGAUAUUGAGUCUUUGAUGUCUGAGGGUAACAAAUCUCGCACCGUGGCUGCCACCAACAUGAACGAGGAGAGCAGCCGAUCCCAUGCGGUUUUCAAAAUCACUCUCACGCACACGCUCUAUGAUGUGAAGUCUGGGACGUCUGGGGAGAAAGUGGGCAAACUGAGCUUGGUGGAUUUAGCCGGCAGUGAACGGGCAACGAAGACCGGAGCUGCUGGCGACAGACUGAAGGAGGGAAGCAACAUUAACAAGUCCCUCACAACCCUCGGACUGGUUAUCUCGGCCCUAGCAGAUCAGAGUGCGGGCAAAAACAAGAACAAGUUUGUUCCAUAUCGUGACUCAGUUCUCACUUGGCUGCUCAAAGACAGUCUUGGGGGUAACAGCAAGACAGCUAUGGUGGCCACCGUGAGUCCCGCCGCUGAUAACUAUGACGAAACCCUCUCGACUCUGCGGUACGCAGAUCGAGCCAAGCACAUUGUCAACCACGCUGUGGUGAACGAGGACCCUAACGCCCGCAUCAUCCGGGAUCUCCGUGAAGAAGUCGAGAAACUCCGGGAGCAGCUGACCAAAGCCGAGGCAAUGAAAUCUCCAGAGCUAAAAGACCGGCUGGAAGAAUCUGAAAAGCUAAUUCAGGAAAUGACUGUGACCUGGGAGGAAAAAUUAAGGAAAACGGAGGAGAUCGCACAGGAACACACACUGAUAGGGUCGGCAAAUUCCCAAGAUAUCCAGCUGUGCGGAAUGGGAAUUCUUCCAGAACACUGUAUUAUAGAUAUCACACCAGAGGGCCAGGUUAUGCUGACUCCUCAGAAGAACACCAGAACCUUUGUGAAUGGAUCUUCUGUCUCCAGCCCGAUCCAGCUGCACCACGGGGACAGGAUAUUAUGGGGAAACAACCAUUUCUUCAGACUCAAUUUGCCUAAAAAGAAAAAGAAAGCUGAACGAGAGGAUGAGGAACAAGACCCUUCUCUGAAGAAUGACAGCAGCUCUGAACAGCUGGAUGUGGACGGAGACUCCUCCAGCGAGGUGUCCAGUGAAAUCAACUUCAAUUACGAAUAUGCCCAGAUGGAGGUGACCAUGAAGGCCCUGGGCAGUAAUGAUCCGAUGCAGUCGAUACUGAACAGCCUAGAACAGCAGCAUGAAGAGGAGAAGCGAUCGGCGCUGGAGCGCCAGAGGCUGAUGUACGAGCAGGAGUUGGAGCAGCUCCGCAGAAGGCUGUCCCCCGAGAAGCAGAACUGCCGGAGCGGGGACAGGUUUUCCUUCCAGUCGCCCAGUGCUCAGCAGCGCCUGAGGCAGUGGGCUGAGGAGAGAGAAGCCACGUUGAAUAACAGCUUGAUGAGGCUGAGGGAGCAGAUUGUUAAAGCCAAUCUCUUGGUGAGAGAAGCUAGUUACAUCGCAGAGGAGCUGGAUAAAAGGACAGAAUAUAAAGUUACCCUCCAGAUUCCAGCCUCCAGCCUGGAUGCCAACAGGAAGCGAGGUUCUCUUCUUAGCGAACCUGCCAUCCAGGUGAGAAGGAAAGGAAAAGGAAAACAGAUUUGGUCUUUGGAAAAACUGGACAACAGGUUAUUGGACAUGAGAGACCUUUAUCAGGAGUGGAAAGAGUGUGAAGAAGAUACCCCGGUCAUUCGAUCUUACUUCAAACGUGCUGAUCCGUUCUUUGAUGAGCAGGAAAAUCACAGUCUCAUCGGGGUGGCCAACGUCUUCCUCGAGUCUCUUUUCUACGAUGUCAAGUUGCAGUACGCUGUCCCGAUUGUCAACCAGAAAGGGGAGGUGGCAGGUCGGCUGCACGUGGAGGUGACGCGGAUCAGUGGUGACGUCGGGGAAAGGAUUGCAGGGGGCGAGGAAGCCGCGGAGCUCUCCUUUGAGAAGGAGACGCAGGACAACAAGCUGGUCUGCAUGGUUAAAAUCCUCCAAGCCACUGGGUUGCCACAGCACCUGUCCCACUUCGUGUUCUGCAAAUACGACUUCUGGGACCAGCAGGACCCUGUGAUGGUGGCCCCCGAGGUGGACACCUCCUCCUCUCCCGUCAGCAAGGAGCCUCACUGCAUGGUCGUGUUUGAUCACUGCCGAGAGUUUUCUGUUAAUAUCACUGAAGACUUUAUUGAGCAUCUUUCAGAAGGAGCGUUGGCAAUUGAAGUCUACGGACAUAAGAUGAACGAUCCUCGGAAAAACCCAGCCCUCUGGGACUUGGGAAUCAUCCAGGCAAAAACACGUAGUCUUCGGGACAGAUGGAGUGAAGUCACCAGGAAAUUGGAAUUCUGGGUUCAAAUCUUGGAACAGAAUGAGAAUGGUGAAUAUUGCCCUGUGGAAGUGAUCUCUGCAAGGGACGUCCCAACAGGAGGAAUCUUCCAGCUCCGGCAGGGGCAAUCCCGGCGAGUUCAAGUGGAAGUGAAGUCUGUGCAGGAAUCUGGGACUUUGCCGUUGAUGGAAGAGUGUAUAUUAUCUGUUGGCAUUGGGUGUGUGAAAGUCCGACCACUGAGGUGCCCCAGAACCCACGAGGCCGUCCAGGAGGAAGAGGAGGACAUGGACAGCUACCAGGAUCGGGAUUUAGAGAGACUUCGUAGAAAAUGGCUGAAUGCGCUAACGAAACGUCAGGAGUACUUGGAUCAACAACUGCAAAAGCUUGUCAGUAAACAUGAUAAAACAGAGGACGACACUGACCGGGAAGCCCAGCUUCUAGAAAUGCGGCUGACCCUGACUGAGGAGAGGAAUGCGGUGAUGGUCCCUUCUGCUGGCAGUGGGAUUCCGGGGGCCCCGGCAGAAUGGACCCCAGUGCCUGGGAUGGAAACCCACAUUCCUGUUAUAUUCCUUGACCUAAAUGCUGACGAUUUCAGCUCUCAGGAUAAUCUUGAUGACCCAGAGGCUGGUGGGUGGGAUGCCACCCUGACGGGGGAAGAAGAGGAAGAGUUCUUUGAGCUGCAGAUCGUAAGGCACCACGAUGGAGAGGUUAAAGCCGAGGCCUCCUGGGACUCGGCAGUGCACAGCUGCCCGCAACUCAGCAGGGGCACCCCCGCCGACGAGCGCGUGUUUCUGAUCGUGCGUGUCACGGUGCAGCUCAGCCACCCUGCCGACAUGCAGCUGGUGCUACGCAAACGCAUCUGCGUCCACGUUCACGGCCGCCAGGGUUUUGCUCAGAGCCUCCUAAAAAAGAUGUCGCAUCGAAGUUCUAUUCCUGGCUGUGGAGUGACUUUUGAAAUUGUCUCCAACAUUCCAGAGGACGCCCAGGGAGCAGAGGAGCGAGAAGCUCUGGCGAGAAUGGCUGCCAACGUGGAGAACCCGGCCUCGGCGGCCUCGGAGGCGCACAUCGAGAAGUACCUGCGGAGCGUGCUGGCCGUGGAGAACCUCCUCACCCUGGACCGUCUGCGCCAGGACGUCGCGGUGAAGGAACAGUUAACAGGGAAAGGGAAGCUGAGCAGGAGGAGCAUCAGCUCUCCCAGCGUGAACAGAUUGUCUGGAAGCCGACAAGACCUCAUUCCGUCCUCUAGUCUCAGCAGCAACAAGGGCCGGUGGGAAAGUCAGCAGGAUGUAUCCCAGACAACAGUGUCCAGAGGAGCUGCUCCAGUCUCCCCCACCCUCGCCGUCUGUCCCCAAAAUAACCAUUCUCCGGAUCCAGGACACAGUAGCUUAGCAGCCUCCUACUUGAAUCCAGUGAAGUCCUUUGUGCCACAGAUGCCAAAGCUCCUGAAGUCUCUGUUUCCCGUCCGGGAUGACAAAAGGGGCAAGCGGGCCUCUCCCCUGACACACCAGCCCGUGCCCCGCAUCAUGGUGCAGCCUGCCUUCCCGGACGCCGGGGCGACCAGGAUGGAGGCUCAGCCAGAGAGCGUGGGCGUUGAUGUGUCCCCCGAGGUGCUGGUGCAGGUAGCGGCCCCUGCUGUGAGGAUCUGCGACAAGCCGGCUAAAGUGCCUUCCCCAACACCAGUCUCCGUGGUCCCCCCGACGCCAGAAGGGCAGGACGGGCCCCCCAGCCCCCUAAGCGAGGCCUCCAGCGGGUACUUCUCCCACAGUGUCUCCACUGCCACAUUGUCUGAUGCCCUUGGCCCCAGCCUGGACGCCGCGGCCCCGGCUGGUGCUACCACUCCCGGCAGCCAGGCUGAGACCCAGCUACCAUCUGCUGUCUUGGGGACACAGAACGUCUCUGCUGCCCAGCUGGACAGCCCAAGCCCUGGACCAUCCCCACCAGAGCCGGAGGCCGCGGCUCCCCCGGCCGUCCAGCAGCUUGGCCUGGAGCCCCCUGCACCUGCCUCCCCAUUCCGUGUGCGCAGGGUGUGCACGGCCGAGCUGCAGUCCUUCUCGCGCAUGCUGGGCGCUGACGCCAGCCCUGCUGCAGGGGGCCCGGGGGACCCGCUGGCUGCUGGUGCCCAUGCUCUGGGAGGGCCGGACAUUGCCUCAGAUUCCGAGGAAGCUGACGAAGUCCCCGAGUGGCUCAAAGAGGGGGAGUAUGUCUCCGUGGGCACCAACAAGGUGGGCGUCGUGAGAUACGUUGGGCCCACCGACUUCCAGGAGGGGACGUGGGUCGGCGUGGAGCUGGACUUACCUGCAGGUAAGAAUGAUGGCUCCAUCGGCGGGAAGCAGUACUUCAAGUGCAGCCCCGGCUACGGGCUGCUGGUGAGGCCUGGCAGGGUGCGCAGGGCCACUGGCGCCGGGAAGAGGCGCAGCGCCGGGGUUAGGCAGCAGGGCGCCCAGGAGGCCCGCCGGGGCGCCACCCUCUCCGGCUCUGCCACCAACCUGGCCUCCUUGACAGCUGCGCUGGCCAAGGCCGACAGGAGCCACAAGAACCCUGAGAACCGGAAAUCGUGGGCUAGCUGAGCCGGCUGCUGCAGGAGCGUGGCAGGAGCUCCCAGGUGACAGCCCCGGGCGCGGGACGACCCCGGCCCCCGGGUGCUGAGUGGUGGGUGCUCUCUGCACACGGCAGUGCUGGUGACUCCCACUUCGUCUGUCUUCCCUGGGCCUCUGGAAGCUUUGUUUCUUCACUACCUGGAAGAUGAGGGAGCACCUUGGCCUCCCCAGUGGGGUUGCAGAUCCUAGGCACCCUCAGGGGCCGUGGGAUUGUGGACUGAGGCCCUGGGUGGCACGAGCCCUGCCGCCUCCCUGCACGCCUGUGCCUGAGCCUCUCAGCUGGGGCUCCUGUUGCUCUUUCCCUUUUCUCUAUUCUGGUGACUCCAGGAAUGUCUUAAUUUAAACUCUAACCUAACUAGUGCCUUUUCUCCCCUGCCAGGUGGGCACGCCCACCCUGACAUCCUGGCAGUUGCCUGGAGAUGCCCUGCUUCCCACACCAGUGAUGGUCCCCUAAGUGCCUCUGGCCUCCCGAGGCCUCAGCCUGGGCCGCAGUCCGUGCUGAGCAGGAUCUUCCUGCCACGCUGUUCUGACAGGGUUUCUUAGUUUCUUCGUGGGUGUUCUGAUGUCUUCACACCUGCAAAGUCUUACCUGUAGCCAUUUGUUUCCUUAACAGAAUGCUUGGAAUAUAUUUAUUUAUAUUUAUUUUUUCAAAAUCUGAAAUCACCUGCAAGCCACAAUCGUCUGCCUGGGCUUUGGUGCCUGGGGCCUGCCGUGCGUCACUGGCCUCUGUCUCAGCCCGAGGUCGGUUCUGGGGCAGCCUGAGGGUGAAGCCCCUCCUGCUGCUCUGCCCAGGUGCACCUGCGCCCUGGCUCUAACUGGGAUGGGCGAAUGCUUGGGGAAUUGUGUCGUGCUUCUGCAGUCAGUGACAAAGUAAGUUAGAGGCAUCUAUUACCUUAUUUCGUGCAAUAGUGGUUUCUGGGAAGGUGCUUAGUCCAGUUUAGCUUCUCACCGAUUCCCAAGCUCUGACCCCCUGCCUAUGCCUGGGGGAUGAGGUGUGAGCAGGGGCUGUGGUGGGGGGAGCCUGCAGUAGCCUCGCCUGGCCGCCUGUGGUGCUGGCUGCACAGCUGGAAGCACCCAGGGUAUCCCCCACCUCCUUGCUGGGGCACUUCUGGGCCGGGUCAGGGUGUGUGUGUGUGGAAGGUAGGAGUAUGGCAGUGGACACACAGUGACAGUCCUCAGAUGGGACAGUCCUCAGAUGAGGAUUUGCAUGGGUGCUCUUGGUACCUGUUUCUGGUCCUCACAUUGGAACAACACUACAAAGCUUUGUUGAGGACUCUCUUGUUCUCUGGGGACUCGUUCCUCUGGCACCUCCUCUGGAGGAGGACUCUGGGCUUUCAUUCUCUGGUGGGGGCUGCCUGCCUGGUGGCUCCUGAGAACAUGGCAGCAUCCUCUGGCCACCUGCAGCCCCAGCCCACAGACAGGAGCCACUGCUCAGUGUCAUGAGUCCAGCCAUACUUGAGACCUUUUUGUCUAGCAUCCAGCCAGAGGCCAGCCUUGUCUGCCACUGGGAGGGGUGAUUUCCUUGGUGGGCCCUCACAGCUGCCUUGGGCACCCCCAUGUGCUGCACAGCACCUGGCUGGGAGUGGGUGUCCUUGUCUCUCCCCAGCUGCAGGGCCAGACACAAGGGGCCCACCAGGGAGGAGCCUGCCCCAGCUCAGCCUGGGACAGUGCCACCCUGGUGUCCUAUCAGCUCUGACCCCACAGAUGUCCCUGACCCAUGAGGACAGGCGGGGCAGCCUCCUGGAGAACAGCACAGCGGGAGGGGGUCUGGCAGGGUUGUAGCCGGCUGCUGUCCUGCCUUUUCUCCUGCGCUGUGACCUGCAUGACCCUUAGGGCUGGAAAGAGGCAGUGACCCAAGGACUUUGUCAAGAUGUGUGUGGCGUCCCUGUUGCCAUCCACUGCCCCUCAUGGGCAGCUGGGAUCUACCCCAGCCUUCCGCUGCUAGAUAACCAUAGGACACAUUGGAGUGUGGCCUCCUAACUUGCCUGGCCGUGCACCUUGGUGCAAACUAACAUGAACUUGGAGCUGGGGAAGCAGGGGCGUCACAGGAGUUCAGCCCAGCCUUUAACUGGCGGGCUGAAGGUGCAGUCUCAGGUGGGAUGGCCUCCAUCUCCAUCUCCUUGUCUCACCUCACUCAUCAACAGGCCUAAUUUAAAUAGAGCGCCCACCUUAGGAUUCCUUGAUGCCUUUGAGGGCCCCAGGGAGCUCCACUGUGGUGCUGAAUGUGCCCUCAGUGUGGAUCUGCCUGCUGGUGCCACCCAGCCUGGGAAGGAGACCCCAGAAACACAGGGCAGGGGCUCUCCCUGGGCAUCUGCCUCCCAUUCUGCAUGCCCAGGGCCACCACCAGCCCUGCCAUCUCUGACGUGGCCCUCAGGCCUUUUGGAAGGAUACAGGCCACGAGGGUAGAAAGGCCCCUUCACCCUGGGGACUGCAUUGGGUAGUGGAGGGCAAGAAGUGGGCAACUGACGCCCUUGGUGCCCAGGCCUGACUGGGGGAGCAGGAGGGCACCAGUGAGGAGAGGGAGGGUUCGGGGACCCAGCAGGUUGGGCAUGUGUGUUCAGUGAGAGACCUGAGCUGGGGGUGUGGCCCCGCUGUUGCUGGCAUUUCCUCCUCUGGCCUUAAAGUUCCCUGUAUGUGAAAAGGAAGUAAUGGGUAUUUCUUCUCCCUGCUGAGUCUCGCCCUGCCUGUGUGCCAGGCGUGUUGAGUUGGUCCUCCUUGUGACUGGCUCCCAGGCCACCUGGAUGGGAGUGCCUGGCUGUUGUGUCUUAGUCCUGGGGACUGGCCCCCGGCCCGUGCUUCAUACCCAACACCAGCUGAUUGUAAGAGGCAUCUUUCUCUUAGUCUGUGGUGCCUUCCUGCUGGGCCGAUGACAGUAAUGGUGUCAGGAGGGUCUCGGGACGUCUAUGUGGACUUUUGUAAAUAUGAUGGGUUCACGUAUAAAGAAGUGACUUUGAUUCUGGGAUUAUAUUGAUUUGGUACAGAUUAAAUGAGAGUUCAAAAAUCCAAAGACUCUGUAAUGAAUUGUAAAGACUUUAAUGAUUUGUAUAAAGAACUAAACCGCUGUAAUUUUGUACCAUAUAUGCCUCUCCGUCAGCUGACCAACAGCUUCUGAAUAAACCGAUGAUUUCUUGCC